CAAUAUGGUGUCGUUUGCAGGAAACAUAAUUAUAAAUGAGUACAGACGGAUAGACCGCUGCCUCCUUUGAGGCGCUGGUGUUGUCCGACUUUCACUGUUGACUACAAAAAAAUAAAUAGAGCAGGCUUCUGUUUGUAUUCAACUCGAGCCUCCUAUUUUAGCCGAGAGGCGAGUUGGUGACAGCGGUCAAGGAUGGACUGUGGAGAGUACAUGUCGCCAAUGGAGAGCGUGGACCCGACUUUAGCGGAGUUAGGAGAUGAAUUAACACUGGGGGACAUCGAUGAGUUGCUCCAGCUUGUCAACCCGGUGGGAGACUUCCCAGAGCUGUUUGAGGAGCAGAUAACCACCGCAGGGUCUCUAAUCACAACCCCACGACCGGCAACUCAAAACCCUGGAUCUACCCAAGCAUCAACUCCUGUUGCCUGCCAAAGCCUCACUCUUGGGCUCUCUCCCCCUCAGACGUUGUCGCAGACACAGAACCCCUCCACAACCACAGCCUCUGCAGUGCAGCAGCAGGUGACCCGCAGCCCCCCGCCCCUUCAGCCACGGCCUCAUGUGAUCCAACCCAUCCAGCCCCAUCUGAUGACCCAACCCACCAUUCAGAUGCAGACCCAGCGAUUCCCAGUUCACACUUUGGUUCCAACAUCAAUCCAGACGCCGGCGCCCCAAACUGUAAUGAUUGCCUCCAGCGGUGGACAGUCCCGUUUUAUCCAAAAUCCAGUCAUCUGCCACCCAAGCCCUACUUCUGGUUUCCCAGUACUUCAACCACAGGUGCAGAGCAUUAUGACAUCAUCCCAACUCCAACCAGUGACGAUUCACCAGCGUCUUCUGACAACUGGUCAGACCAUUCAGACUCUCUCUACAGCACCCACUACAGUCCAUGCUAUGCCACAGCAGAUGCAACAGGUUUUGGUUCAGCAGCCUCAAAUUCUGAAGACAGAUUCCCUGGUUCUAUCUACCAUGCAAAACCCAGCGGGGAUCACCACACUGACUACGCCCCUCCAGAACACAACACUGCAAGUUCCGACACUGAUGGGCAGCAACCUCCUGACUACUGUUCUGGGAGGCGCAGACAAGCUGACAAUUAAACAUCUACAGUCAGGCGGGAGCCACUGCACCAACAGCAUAAUAUCAAGCCUAGAGCAAAGCCCUAUGACUGGAGGGGUGCUGUGCCAAGGAGGGGUGGUGAAGGAGGGUGAGAGGAGGACCACCCACAACAUCAUAGAAAAGAGGUACCGGUCAUCCAUCAAUGACAAGAUUAUGGAGCUGAGAGACUUGGUCGUAGGAAAUGAUGUCAAGAUGCAUAAGUCAGGUGUGUUGAGUAAAGCUAUUGACUACAUUAAGCACCUGAAACAAGUCAACCACAAAGUUCGACAGGAGAACUUGGCUCUUAAAAUAGCAAUCCAGAAGAGCAAGCCAGUGACACUGUCUGAGGAUAUGGAGCCUAAAGAGGAAAUUGUAAUGAUGUCACCUCCAGCCUCUGACUUUGGCUCAGCUUCCCCUCACCAAUUGUCUCCCUAUGGUGUGGACUCUGAGCCCAGCAGCCCCUUAAUAGAUCAUGAUCAGAUGAAGUGUGAGCCAGACUCUCCUUCCUCUGUUGGAGUGAUGGAUGGUUCUCGUCUGCUUCUCUGUGCCCUGACCUUCUUCUGUCUCUCCCUGAACCCACUGCCCUCUCUGUUGGGUUCUGAGACCUCAGAAAGUAUCUCUGCAGGGCAUGGGCCAUCUAGAACUCUUUUCUGGUUCCCAAGUCCCACACAGGAUUUUGCCUCUUGGCUGCGCUGUUUAUUGCCAUGGGUGAUUGUUUGGAUGCUGAGUGGGCUGGGAGCAGUUUGGGGUUGUGUGCGGGUGCUUUACCUCUGGGAACCUGUCACCCCCCUUCACUCCCCAAAGUCGGUGUCCUUCUGGAGACACCGAAAACAAGCUGAUGUGCACCUUAAGAGAGGAGAUUACGAGGCAGCAUUGACCAGUUUAGAGACCUCCUUAUCCAUCUUGACCAGAGCAUUUCCUUCCACCAAACUGGACCUGAUCUGUUCAUUGUCCUGGAAUCUGAUUCGCUAUUGUUUACAUCGUCCAACCCCUCUCGGCUGGCUGGUUUACCAAAUCAGAGGAAAACAUGAGGGGGAUGAGGCUAGGACAAGCGCAAAAGAUGCUGCCCUCGUAUACCAUCGUCUGAGCCAUCUGCAGCUCACAGGAAAGCUGCCUCAGCGUAGCAGCUUAUGGGCCCUGUCUCUGUCUCUGAGUGCUGUCAACCUCAGCGAGAGCGCCCAAGGAAAGAUGGCCCCCGCUCAACUUACCGAGAUCUAUGUCACUGCAGCCGCUGCUCUACACACUGUACUGGGUCACCAUAUCGCAUGUCUGCCUGGUUACUUACUGAGUUGUGCAGAGAACAUUGCAAAUCAGUGUGAAACGAAGCACAUUCCUGACUGCUUGCGCUGGCUCUUCACCCCAUUGGGCAGGCAGUUCUUUCUGAGCUGUGAUUGGUCAUUGAAGUCAGAGAGCAGCGAUGGGGUGUUUACGUCACAGAGAAACCCAGCUGACCCAAUUGCCCAGUUGCACCGCUGUUUCUGCAGAAAGUUGCUUGAAAGAGCCGUUCACACCCUCAUCCAGCCGCAGAGUGACUCAGAAGUGGGCAAACACAAAACCAGCUCUGGGGAGUUUUCCAGUGCCCUGGAGUUCUUGCAACAGUUGAAUAAAUGUACAGAGGACUCUCCUUCUGCUCCUCCCUUCUCAACUCCUCCCAAUCACACCAUCACACCAGUGAGAGAUCCCUUAAGUCGGUGGUGGGCUUUGGUCCUAAAGGCUGCCAUCUAUUGGCUUCAGGGUGAUGAUGUCACUGUGAGAUCUCUGUUGGUUGAAGCAGAGCGAAUGCCAAGGACUCGGCACACUCUUGACCACCCUCUGCCCAAAGCUGUGCAGUUACUCUGCAAGUCCUUUCAGAUGAGUUUGUCACCUCUGAAGGGAGAAGGAACGUCAGCCUGCCUGUCCCGUUGUGACCAAGCCAGCAGUUACCUGCGCUCCAGCAUCUCCGUGCCUCUUGGCCAGCCUGGUGACUGCCUAAACAAGGCGAUGGAGCUCUUGGUAUGCGACCUUUUACUGACCUUGAGGACCAGUUUAUGGCAGCGAGGCAGCAGCACUAAUGGAGAACCUGGGCCAUCCUCUGCAUCUCAGUUGGCUGGUUUUCAGAGUGACCUCAGUGCGCUCAGAAAGCUCACGCAGUGCUCCAGACAGGCCCAGCAUAAGGUGUUCCUCCACGAGACCACAGUGAGGCUGAUGGCGGGAGCCAGUCCUACAAGGACACACCAGCUGCUGGAUCACAACCUGAGACGAAGAACGCACGGCCUCCACACUGCAGAUGGCGAGAGGGAGCGGGCUCAUGCCAUUCUACUGGCCUGCCGCCACCUACCCAUGCCCCUGUUAACCCCACCCGGGCAUCGCGCCCACCUGCUGGCUGAGGCCAAACGCACCCUGGAGCGGGUGGGAGAUCGUCGAUCUCUCCAAGAUUGUCAGCUGAUCCUGUUGCGCCUGAGCGGCGGCGCAACCGUCGUUGCAUCCUGAACACACGCACAAACACAAAGGCUACUGUUGAUUGCACUCAUUCACUUACAGUAUAUAAAGGAUAUGAGUCAGUCAUUUACACCCAUACAUCUUUCAGCCUGUAUCGACGUCUCUUUUUGCUUGAUGGCUAGUUGCGCCUCCAAUGCUCAGCUUUAGAACACUCUUCCCACCUUGUGGUCAUUCACGGUACAACGUCGGCUGACUGCCUCACACUUAACAUGUUUAACAGAGAAUAUCAGGUGUAAUGGGCUUCCAAAGAAAAAGGGACCUGUUUAUAAAUAGCUGUUCAAUUUCAUGCAAUUGCAGAAGUGCAUUGUUCAGCUAUUCGAUCCCAAGCUGCACAAUAAUUAGCACUUUGUAAUAUCUAAAGUAAAUCAGUUUGCCAGCUUCAUUUCUAAGGUCUGUAAACAGCGUACACACAAAAGACAGACUGGUUUACCUUCAACUAUAAGUCGUGUCGUUUCUUGUCUACCUCAUACACAGUUACAUUAUACUGUGGGGAAAAACAAAAUACCCAAACACCAGGUCGAUUAUUCUGAAUUGGAAGUGAAUGUGCAGCUUUCUGUAAAUCACAGAGGUGUUAUUCUUCCCUAAAAUGUCGGACUACACAGGCAGGGUGCUGAUAAUGAUGGCCUUGUUACUAACUACUUACACAGAAACAUAUAUAUUGUAGUACAUAUGUAAAUUAAAUUUAAUAUUAACAGUUGCGGCGGCACGGUGGACGACUGGUUAGAGCGUCUGCCUCACAGUUCUGAGGACCGGCGUUCAAUCCCCGGCCCCGCCUGUGUGAAGUUUGCAUGUUCUCCGCGUGCCUGCGUGGGUUUUCUCCGGGCACUCCGAUUUCCUCCCACAUCCCAAAAACAUGCAUGGUAGGUUAAUUGACGUCUCUAAAUUGCCCCUAGGUGUGAAUGUGAGUGCGAAUGGUUGUUUGUUUAUGUGUGCCCUGCGAUUGGCUGGCAACCAGUUCAGGGUGUACCCCGCCUCCUGCCCGAUGAUAGCUGGGAUAGGCUCCAGCAGUGGAGGUUAAGUGGUAAAGGAAAUGGAUGGAUGGAUGCAUGAACAGUUUAAGUAUUGGUUGUAAAUAUAAAUAGGCUCAUUUUUAAAAGAUUAAAUCGUACUCGUUUGGCUACUUCUCCAAGGAAAGCCAACAUUGACGACUACAUUACUGACAAUCGUUAGUUGUCGGGUUGGUGUAAUGGCUGGACCAGCAGAGCAGUUUUAGCUGUCUUGCCCUAAAUUUCUAAAUCUUUUGCUCUGUCAUUUUAAAAAGUAAUUCCAUUGUACGGGGUGGAAAUGCAAUGGGUAAUCCCCCUUGUUUGUUGUAAAAUAUGUGUUUCUGCAGUGAUACAGUUGAAAAACUAUUAUUUCUCAGAAAUGUCAUCUACAUUUGUAAUUGUUUCAGGCAAAACACCCUUGAGUUUAAAGGAAAAUAUAUUGCAUCAUAUUUUCAUAAUGGUGUUAGAAAUUGCUAAAAACAGUUUAUAAUUUGUGCCUCUCACAAUUUGCUUCUAUCAUUCCUGUUUUUGUGUCUUAUUUAAUGGUUAUGUACUUUUUAGAUUAAUGCUUUGCUGGGGGGGGGGGAUGAAAAGUCAGCCUUUUUGUGUGUAUAUUAUAUUUGAUUGUGAAGAACUUAAAACAGAACAAGCAUUUUAGGUUGAUGUGGUAGCUUAGGGUUGCCCUUUUUUCUGUGUGCACUUCAAAUUCUUUUUAGAAUAGCAAAGCAAACUCAAUUUAUGCUUGUCGAAAUGUACAGAAAAUUCUCUUACAGGUCACACCAAGCAGAUCAAUAUCUCUCUUCAUUGUGUGCAAAGAACAAAGCAAUGCCCAAUUAACCAUGAUAGGCUGGGUUUAUUACUGUUGGUCUACUGUUGUGAUUGUUACAAUUUUUUUUGUCUUUUCCCCAUUAAGUAUUGUACUUUCUAAAUUCUACUCUUUGUCACUCUUUUUGGUGUUGGUGUUUUUUGUAAUAAAACAAAAUGUGAUGGUG